GCUGUUCGUGUUUCGUGUUGUUUAAACUCUAAACUAAAGGAGGAGGGCUUAGUAACUUAAUUUGUCAGUUACAGUUUGUUGAGAAAUUAAGCAUUGACAUUAACUCCUAGUUUUCAGGAUCGCCUCCUGUGUAUCUGGUGUUUGUUUGAGUGAAGUUGACAUUUUAAAAGACCCGUACUAUAUUUAUUUUAAGGAAUAUUUUCUUUGUUUGCCGGGAGUUGAAGAAACCCACUUACUACAGUAAACAUCAAGAUUCUUCUUGUAGAGUGUGGCAGAAUAAUUUGGUUACACUCAUAUUUUGAUAACUGUAUGAUAAAUAUUUUGAAGAGUAGGCCUACAGUGUAACCUGGCCAUCUCUAAUCAUGGGUGAUGAGUUUCAGAGUCAAUUUACCCUGUCCAUUAUUCCACUGGAACUACAAGACGUUGAGAAACAACUACUGAACCUAAAACAGUCAAGGAUUGCAGAAUACAGAAAACCUAUUAUAAGUUUUUUUGAAAAGCAGUCAGCCAAGUGUGACAAGUUGUAUCAGCAAUGUUCAGAGCAAAAGAGAGUACUGCAGGAAGAAAUCCAACAAUUAACUGGGGAUACUGAACACAUCAAAAAAGAAGUGUACGAAAUGCAGCUUGAGGAAAACAUGAUCAGAAAUAACAUCAAAACUCAAAAGCAAAUACUUUCUAAUACUGAGAAACAGUCUCCAGACACAGAUGAACUAGCGGAACUAAUGAGAAAAGUAUGCUCUUUAAAGGAAGACAUUGAAAAGAAGAAAAGUAACUUGAAAAACGAGAUGGAUAUGUAUAAGCGAGGUAUUUUGUUUUACAAAAAGUACUUGCAUUGUAAAGUAAUGCUGGAAACAAAAGAUACGUUGAUAAUUACAUUUGACACCUCAGUAAAGACUGCAGAUGAAGCCCGGGAAUACUUGAGAUUUUCAGCCCAAGAAGACGGGAAAACUUUCCAAUAUUUGGAAAUGCAACCAAAGUUGAAAUGUGAGAAGCAGCUUGUGAAGAUCUUCAAUGACACUGGUGACAUCCAAGGCUUUGUAGUGUCUUUCUGGAAAAUGAUUAAGGGGGCAAAUCCUAGAAAAGUUCUUCGUGAACAAAAUUAGAUUUAUUGUAACCUUACAUUUUUGUACCAUAGUGUUGUUCUUUAAGUUAUAUGGAUUA